CCUGAUCUGAUGUGCUGCUAUUAGGAGGGGCUACUUAAGUUGAGGUCACAUAAAAACAAACUUUUGAAACCGAACCUUUCUUUUGCCUGCAUUUAUCAUGGAUUCAGCUGAUAGCGGCCUCGUAGACAGCCUGUUUAUCAACCUCCCUCUAGUGAGAGGCAUAGAAAGCAAGUUCAACGUACAAAAUGCAAGAAAAUGGAUGGGAGACAAUUUCUACAUAGCUUGGACUGGUGCACUGGUCUAUCUGGCUUUAGUUUUCAUUGGGAGAAAGUGGAUGAUCAACAGGCCUCGCUACGAGCUCAAAAAAGCGUUGUUUGCCUGGAACGUUGGACUGGCAGUCUUCUCGUUCAUAGGUUGCAUCUCUAUGCUGCCAAAUCUAGUACACUCUAUUAUACGAAACGGCUUCAGUCACACAACAUGCAAGACGGAUGUAUUCACAUCUAACCCAGGCAUCAUUCUAUGGGGCUUUCUGUUCUGUCUCUCCAAGCUAGCAGAGCUCGUGGACACGGUAUUCAUUGUAUUAAGGAAGAGCAAGCUUAGCUUCUUGCAUUGGUAUCACCAUGCAUCUGUCUUGAUCUUUGCCUACUAUACUUUUGGACGUCCCAUUGAAAGUGCCCUGGAGCACUACUACUCCAGCAUCAACUUCACUGUACACUCGAUCAUGUAUACCUAUUAUGCUCUGAGAGCAGCCGAUGUGAGAUUGAGUUCAAAGAUAGCACAGGUCAUCACUGUACUACAAAUAUCACAAAUGUUCAUUUGUAUGAUUGCUACCACUUUGGCAUAUGUGAAUUACAGUGGUGGAGCUGAUUGCAAUCUGGAUUUUGGUGUCCUGUAUGCUGCUUUGGCGCUAUAUGGCUCUUAUGCUCUCCUCUUUAUACAGUUUUUCGUCGGACGAUAUUUGUUCUAGUAAAAUUUUGAUAAUAAAAGUGAUUGUUAUUAUUAUUAUUGUUAGUAACCUUUUUAUAAUAAUAGAUCUACUUAGAUAAUACACAUU